CUAAAACUUGUUUAUUGUUGGCUGCCAUCGCAACGACUCCAUGGCUAACGGACUCCAAACAUUUACAAAAGGGAUGGUUAAGUUUUCAGGGGUCUUUUGUGUACAGAAUGAAUUUACUCCCAGUGUUUGAGAAUGCCUGCAGGUCAGAUUGAUGUGAGAGCAAAGACGAAAGCCCGCUUUGACGAGGUGUUGAAGAGAUACACAAACCCUCCCUCAGAGAAAAAAAGGUCCAAACAGCAAGUUGUCGAAUUGCAGGAGAAUGUUGUGCUUCACACUUUGAGCAGAAACUUAGAUUUGAGUAAAACCACUGAAGAAGAUGAGACCAUUCUUAAUAACACAUAUGACCCUGCACUGGGUAGCCCAAGAUUUACUAAGAACAGGCGCAGAGAGGUGGAGGUGUCAGAGAAGGCCAACGUCAGCAAUAAUGUAAAUGAUGAGAAAUCCCCACUGACCUCAGGGAAGAAGAAGAGUAAAAGGAAACUGCCUCCUCCACCACCUGUUCAAGAUGAAGAAGACAGAAAUGCUGGGAAGGCCGAAACAAAAGUUACUAUUGAACCAGAUUUGGGGCAGAAUAGAAAGGGUAAAAGAGGAAAGAGCAGAGGAGGAGAAGGUGAUGGUGCACAGAAAGUAGAGUCUGAGCCUGAAGAUGAUCUUCUUCAGGAAUAUCAGCAGCAGAUCACACGGGAGGAGGAGAGGGCUCUUAAGAAGACCACUCAAAAGAAACACAGUGAAAAGUUGCCCAAAAGUGAAGAAGUUUUGGUAUUAAACAAUGAGCUUGGUAAGAAGAAGAAAAAGAAGAAGAACCUAAGAGCGAGUGAUGAAGAUGAAAGCCAUUCUGAAUUAACAACUGACAAGAAAUCAAAGGAAAGUAUUCAAGGUGAUGCUGUAGAGGAGGACAAAGUAGAUGCAGUAAAACCCAAAGAGAAAAAGAAGAAGAAAAGAAAGGAAGUUAUAGUUGAGGACAGUCAGGCGGAGGUGGAGGCUUCUCAGAGGCGGGCCUUUGAUGACAGCCUGGUGCUGGGAGUUUACAUUCACCGUACAGACCGGCUCAAGACUGACCUUCUGGUGUCCCACCCCAUGGUAAAAGUCCAUGUUGUGGACGAGAUCACUGGACAGUAUGUGAAGAAAGAGGACAGCCAUCGUCGAGUCUCUUCUUUCUAUGAACAAGAGAAUGUUGAGCACAUCCUGCCAAUCAUAUCUCAGCCUUUUGACUUCAAGAAAAACAAGUCAACGGUCCCAGAAUGGGAGGAGCAGAUCAUCUUCAAUGAGAGAUUUGGUUAUUUCCUUCAUGACAGUGAGGAGUGUCCACAGGUGAUCCUCUUUUUUGAGAUUCUUGACUUCGUCAGCAUGGAAGAGGCAAGAGCAAAUGUCUCUGCUGAUCAGCAUGAGCGUGGAUUUCGUAAAAUUGCUUGGGCUUUUUUGAAGCUUGUAGGAACCAAUGGUGUGAUGAACAUUGACAGCAAACUGCGUCUCCAGCUGUACAGCCCUCCUCCUAGAGCGAAAAAGGUCCCACAAACAGUCGAAGUGUUUCAGUGGUGGUCAAAGUUUCCUAGGAACAGAUAUACCUCAACUCUCUACGUCACAGUGAAAGGCCUCAAACUACCUGAACACGUAGAUCCCAGUAUCCGCUCAAUGAUGGCUCUACAGCAAGAGAGGGGCAGCACCUCGUACAGUGAGCUCCACACUGAACUUACCCAGAAAACCUCCACACAACUGUUGGAGAGCAAAUCAGAGGCUAUUAAGUGGAGUCGCGUGCCUGGACAGGUAUGUCGCAUUCCAAACAAGCCAAUGCUGUCAUUCCGUGGAGGCCAGAUGGGUUGCUUUACUCUACGCUUCUCUUAUGACGGCAGAGCCUUGGCUGCUGCUUGCGCAGACAGAGAUGCUUUCCCCAUUGUAGUGUAUGAGAUACCUUCAGGCAAAGUCUUGGCGUCUUUUAAUGGCCACCUCAGUAUUGUCUACGAUCUCUGCUGGACCAGAGAUGACAGAUGCCUGCUCUCAGCAUCAUCUGAUGGAACGGUCAGAGUGUGGAACAUUGAAAGACUCCAGGGUCUUGCUCAGAAGAUUCUCCCUCACCCGUCAUUUGUGUACUGUGCUCAGUACCACCCACACGCCCAGAGCCUGGUGGUUACGGGUGGUUAUGACGGCCUGCUCCGGUUGUGGAAUUUAGAUGUAAAAGAUGUGAAUGGGCAACUCCUGCAAGAGUUUGAGGGACACAAGUCUUUCAUCAAUGUGCUGUGCUUUGACAAUGAAGGAACCAGGCUGUUUUCUGCAGACAAUGCUGGCAUGAUUAUUGUGUGGACUACUAAAAUUGAGGAUCUGUCACGUCAUUGGAAAAUUGAGAAGGAAAUAAAGGAAAGCGAUCUGAAUGGAAUUCCCAUCAACUCAUUAGAAGUGCACCCAAAUGGAAGGCGUCUUCUAAUUCAUGCCAAAGACAGCGUUUUGAGAGUGAUGGAUUUGAGAAUUUUUGCUGUAAAGAAAUACAUUGGUGCCACAAACUACAGAGAGAGGAUCAACAGUACCUUCACUCCAUGUGGAAGCUUCAUCUUCUCUGGCAGUGAGGAUGGACUUGCCUAUGUGUGGAAUGCUGAGACAGGUGAUCAGGUGGCUGUGUACUCAGAGCUAUGUUAUCCAGUCGCUCUCAGAAGUGUGGCUUUCCAUCCCCAUGAACACAUGGUGGCUUUCUGUGCCUUUGGGCAAAAUCAACCAAUACAUUUAUAUUUGUAUGACCGGAAAGUUUCCCAGUUGGACCUGGAGAGUGUGAGAGGGCUGAACAGGUCUGAGACUGUUGAUAAUAAAACAGCCAGGAAUCAGUCCGAGCUGCUGCCAUUCCAGGAUACCUCAGCCUCCGGGGUGGACCGUUUUGCUAGUGCUGCUCGCAUGUCCCUCAAGAUGCAGCGUGUUAAACAGAAACUAGACUCAGUUCUGGAGCCAUAUCGCAACCCUUCUGGCAUAGAGUACUACUAUGAACAGGGAAGCAUGUCUCAGCUGGGCAGGGAGCUCACCCAAGAGGCAAGUAGCAGUGGUUUAAAAAAUAGCAUGAAUAUGUCUCUUCCUCCUCCAUCUCUGUUGUCCCCUCACUCCAAGCUACAGCUGUCCAGUUCACUCAGUGCCCAGCUUAUUCCUCAGGCCACACUCAGCUCACAAACCUAUGGAUUCAGUGCUUUGGGUCAACCUAUUAGAAGAGCUCCAUUCCUAAGGCAAAGGAGUCUACCAGAUUAUGAAUUUCCUCAACAAGUUGAGAAUGACCUGGCAGAAGUCCAGCAGACGGUUGUAUCAUUGUACGAUUACAUCGCCAAUCGAUCUGAUGAGCUGACAGUACAACGUGGUGAUGUGAUCCAUGUGCUGUAUAAAGAUAAUGACAGUUGGUGGUUUGGUUGCUUAGCCAAUGGACAAAAGGGCUACUUCCCCGCUGCCUAUGUAGCUGAUGAAAAGGGGUUUGAUGAAGAGUUGUCAAGGGCUAUAGAGAUGCAACCUGGACCCUCAGAGCAAAUGAGUCAUGGACUGGACAGAUCCACGACGACAAAGAUGUCUGCAGCCAUCAGUGCCUCUGGAGAGCUGAAGAUCAUUUCUGAGCAGGACACUGAUGCUGAGGCACCUGCUGCAAAGACCAAAAAGAAGAAAAAGGUAAAGAAAAGUGAGAUCACGUACGAUCUAUCUCAGACCCCAUCAUCAGAUCCUGAAGCUCCUAUACCAUUUACUAGAAAAAGGAGACCUCUUCCAAGGUUAGGUCACACCAACACUGCUUUUGAACCAUCUGCUGCAGAUCAGGAGCAAGGACCAGACUGAUAUAAUAUUCAUUGCUGAGGAUAAGGGAUUUAUAUGCAUAUUGAUAUCAAGAAUAUGCUUAUUCAUUUAUUUUUGUAGUUAAGCCUUAUAUCUGAAUGUAUUUUGUAAUUUUAUAAUGGAUUUUUUAAUAACUAGUUUUACAAAAGAGAUUUAUUAUGUUUCUUUUUAAAAACAUUGAUCAUUGAUGUAAUAUUUAUUUGUGUAAAUAUUUGAUAUAACAUAUCUGUAAAAAAAUUUAAUAAAUAC